AUGUUGAAAGGAAAAAAAUUAGCUUCAAAGACAAACACACCAACAGUGAAAGAUUCAACAUCAAGUGAAGAAGAUAAUCCAUCUGUUGCGGUAGAAGAAAUUCAAAAAUCAGCAUCACCAACGACGAGGUCAAAGUCCGCAUUAAAAGAUUCAACCCCAAUUUCAUCCCCAACUCCAUCAGUUCCAGCAGAAGAAAUUAGGAAAUCAACAGGACCAAAAACGAGAUCGAAGAGAUCAUUAGAAGAUUCAACAUCAGAUUCAGUACCAGAAACUUCAAAUACAUCACCAACUAAGAAGAAAUCAAAGACUUCAAAGACUUCAAAUCCUCCAAAGAGACUUCAAAUCCUCCAAAGUCUUCAAAGCCUUCAACAUCUGUUAAGAGAAAAAAAGUUAGAGAAGCAAAAGGAGAGCCCUUUUUGGCCUAUAUUAGAUGUCUUUGUUCACAAGAAAGCUGAAAUGAAAGAGGAGGAAAACUUAGAAAAGAAAAAGGAGAAUAAGAGAGAUAUGUGGUUCAAGAGUACCGAAUCAAUCUUCAAGAUUGUGAACCAGUUCCGCCAUGAUAAUUCAGGGAAUAAUGUCUCUGUUUUCAAUACUGCCGAGGAGAAAAAGUUUGUGGAAUAUUGGUUUGUUGAACACAACAACAACAUGACGCCAAGCAAUGAACAAGGUUUCCCAAGGUUUCUAAGGUGGGUGAUAAGUGACAUCAGCAAUACAAUAGAGAAAGACAUUGGUGAAGCUAUGAAAAAGAUGCAACCCGGAUGGGUAAAAGCUUGGAGUGAUAAAUAUCAACAGAUUAUCGAAGAGUACAGAAAAAAUAGCUUGUUAGCUUCAUUGAAGAAAAAAAACAAGAAAAUUUAUGCAGCUAAUCUGAAGAAUGUGCAAAAGGAUAAGGAUGUUGUUGAUUUAGUUGUUUACUCCUUGCAAGAAAUCAUUUCAUUUAACAAAGAAUUAAAAACUGAGGAUGAACGUGAUGAUGAUGAGCAGGAGGAGGAGGAAGGUGAGAAAGGUGAGAAAAGUGGCAAAGGUGAUGUGGAUGACAGUGAUGAUGAUGAUGAUGAGGAAGGUGACAAAGGUAAUAUAAGUGGCAAAUAUGGUGAUGUGGAUGACAGUGAUAAGGAGCAGGAGGGUGAUGAGGAGGAGGAGGAUGGUGGUGGUAAAGGUGGUGAUGAGGAGCAGGAUGAGGAGGAUGGUGGUGGCAAAGGUGGUGAUGAGGAGCAGGAUGAGGACAAUGGUGGUGGCAAAGGUGGUGAUAUGCAUGAUGAUGAUGAGCAAGGUGGUGGCAAAGGUGGUGAUAUGCAUGGUGAUGACACUGAAAAAGAGGGUGGAAAAGGUGGUGAUGACGAGGGUGGCCAAUCUGAAAAGCGAAGCACUCCUCUGUCAAAGACAAAUGAAGAGAAGGAUGGCAAGGAUGGAACAAGGCAAGGUGUUGAGUCUGGAGCUGUUAAGAAUCCUAGAGACAGCUGCAUAUCAAGAAACCAGGAUGCCACUCAAACAGAUGAAAUUGACCCUAAAGGCAUGUUUCCGGUUGAAGAAGAGUUGCUUUUACUCACUCAUGGAGAAGAUCAACAGAUUGAUCCUUAUACAUCAAUUGAGGACCUUCUAGACAACUUGUCUGAAAGUGUUUUCAUAAAGCUUGAAAAAGGUUUUACAGAACGGCACCAUCUGACGUGA